GUCUCUCUCUCUCUCUCUCUCUCUCUCUCUCUCUCUCUCUCUCUCUCUCUCUCUCUCUCUCUCUGGAGGAGGAAAGUUGAACCUGUUUGUGUUCACAGUCAGCAUCUCUAGACGCCUUUUCAUGGAAUCUCACUUUAAUCCACCUUCACAAGAAAAAAAUAUCUGAGUUUGAAACAAGAAGAUCUCACUCCUCGCUCGUAACUAUCGUGGACUCUCUCUCUCUCUCUCUCUGUGGAGGAUGAGGAGGACUCCUCUUUGAAUCAACAGGGGAGGGAAAGCUACUCCAUCAGAAACAAACUCCACUGCAUCUUCUCUCCAUUUUACACAUUUUUUAAUCUUAUUUUUUAAAUCAUCUGGACUUUGCAAAAAUGCAGCAACCAGAAACCCAGCAGGCAAGCCAACAAACAGCGACAGAAAUCCUGGAUCCAGAAGGUAGGAGAAAAUGAAGUAACAUGGGAAGACUUUGUUGAGCAAUGACAAACAGGUUCAGGAAAGGACAGAGAGUUCUUUUUUAAUGCCUGUGUUUGAGAAAUUUAGUGAAAUAAAAUCAUUUUAGGGAUAUUGAAAAAGCUUGUCCAAUACUUCGUCUGCAGGACUGGAAAGCACAUUUAAUUGGCACUUUUUUUCUUUUUUAGAUUUUUCUUAUACUCGUCUUAAACACUGUUCUUCCCUUGCACUGCUCUUUCGUUUUUUUACCGUAGUUCUUUAUCUUAUUUAUUUGUUUUUUUAUACCCUGGAUUAAUGUGUAUGUUGUGUGUACCGCUGCUGUAAACAACUUAAUUUCCCCACUGAGGGAUGAAUAAAGGAAAAUCUAAUCUAAUCUAAUCUCAUUUACUCAAGUACUAUACUUAGUGAGUCAUACUUGUACUAGAUUAGUUUGCAUUUCUUGUGUUUUUUCUUACUGUUUUACACCUCUGCUCUUCCAACAGUAAAUAUUAGUUAUGUUUUAUUGAACACAACACGCACAACAAGUAAUUUCACUGCCUUAGAUUGACACACUUUAGUUUAUUUACUUCUAAUAGUGCAUAAUGACACCAUUAUGAUAUAUAUUUUUUUUAUUUAAUCAUUUUAACACUUUCAAAUAUGUCUGCAUGUCAGGUUAAAAAAGACAAAACACAAGAGGAGUAUUUAAGGAAUAUGGAAAAGUUGUUCCCAUGUCACCCUGUUUGUGUCCCUCACUUGUCCACAGUUCAGUACCUGCGUCGGAGGAAAUCCGCUCUGUGGGUGACCGUGUCUCUGCUGGCUCUGUCUCUGGUGGUGCUGACCGUGGGUCUGAUCUCUGCCACUCGUACAGAUAAUGUGCCUGUUGCUGGUUAUUACCCCGGGAUCACCGUGAGUCGCAGUGGUCUCUGUGUGCUUUUUUUUCUUCUUGAAUAAAUCUCAUGAUUGUAUUCUUCAUAUCUCAUCCCUAUUCUCCUUUGGUCUCUUUGUAUCUACAGCUCAGUUUUGGGGCGUUUCUUGGUAUUGUUGGCAUCCAUCUGGUGGAAAACCGGAGACCUAUGGUGAGUCUGUCCCUAUAAAAGUUCUAUAUAAUAUCCAUCAGAGGGGUUAUUUACCGACAACAGUCUUUUGUUUCAGAGUCCAUUCAAAUCCAUGCAAAAAGACAGAUGGUGGCAUUCAUAGGAUAACACAGAAAUUCACAUUUCCUUCAUUUCUCUCAUUUCUAACCUCAUCAUCUUCUCAGUCUUUUAUGCUGCACAUCAGCAGCCCCAUGUGCUGAUAAACACAGCAGAUGUCUGUCACUGUUUGACGUCCCUUGGCUUAAAACAUUUUAUACGACAACAGAUGGAGGUCGUAAUAAAUCGUAACACAAAACAAAAAGUAACCUUUGCAUAGAGAGUAGAGGAGGCUCAAUGUCUGAGGAGCACAGCCAGUUUGGCAGUGCCUUAAACCUGCUGUAUAAUGGUCAGAGAGAGGUGACUCAACCAGGUCAAAAAACACAUAAAAAUAAUAAUUGUUAUUGUGCAAAGGUCUUCUUUUUUUAGUUUUAUUUCUGGGCUUUUAAUUUGGCUUUUAUUGACAGAUAGAGGACAGUGGAUAUAGCAGGAAACAGAGGAGAGUGAAGGGAGUAAUGUGCAGGAAAGAGACCCCAGGGUAGAAUCAAACCUGAGCCACCUGCAUAUGUGGGGCACGGCUAGACUUAUAGGCUAUCCGCCUAACUUGAUAAGAAUUCUGCAAUUAUUUUGCUGGUCUCAGUUAAGUUUGGCUGGACAUUUUCCCUUUUAUUGGUUUUGUUUUUAUUAUCCUGAGGGAUUGUCACAGAAUUUUAGAAAGAAGGUCGUAAAAUAGAACCAGACAAAAAGGGAUGAGAGAGUAGGGAAGGACAUGCUGAACUGACUGGUGAGCAAAGUCAUCAAAUUAGCUGAUAUUUUGUGCCAGCUUACUCCCUUUUCUUCUUUUCGGCUCCAAUUUUUGACGAUAAAGUCUAAAAUGCAACUUUACCAAUCCAGCCAAACACAACUUUCCCAACACCAAACAGGUAAAGGUAACCAGCUGAAAACGAUUAUUUAUUCAGGAUUUGGAUUCACAGUCUCGCAAAUAGAAGAUAAAAAGACAAAGUGCAUAUGAGUGUAUAUGAAAGGCUAAUGUAUAUCUGCAGGAUUUGUAGAGAGCUCGACUAACUGUUCACUUACAAAUUUACCCAAAAUGACUUUUUUUGUAGACCACUGUAUGUAGGUUUAGGUAUUUUUCACUUUCCCUGUCUCAUUGAAAGGAUCUAAAAAGGAUUUAAAUAUUGAAUAGUAUAAAAAUGCACCUUUUUACCAACAGUAACAGUGUGAAAUAUGUAGCAACACGGUCAGAUUUUAGCCUCCUACGGUGACUUGUGUCGAUAAAUAUUAAAUGAAUUUAUCUUCUAAAAGGGAGCCAUUGUUCCUGGAAACAGUACAUGUACGCCAUAGAGAGUAUCACCUUACAGACUUUACAAAUACACCAAACUGUUUUAUACCAAAUUUCUCUAUUGUGAGCGAGACGCAAAUCAGAUUAUCCAGUGACAGUGUAAUGUGUUGUUAGGCCAUGUACUGAGAUCAGUGAACAUGAGUGGAGUCGUGGUCAGGAGGAGUGAAUGUGAUUGGCUGUGGAUUUCAGGAACAUGAGGGGAAUUAGAUUAGUAUUGGUUGGACACUGACAGGGACACAGGUAGAAUAUCACUGAAGUGCUGCUCUGUGCAAAUUGACAAAUUCGUCUUUUUUUGACUCACAGUGUCACGAGCCAGAGUUAAACAAAAAGGGAAAGGACCCAAAAUGCAGAACGAAGGAUUUAAUUAAAAAAAACUAAAUGAAAAAAAACAAGAAAAACUUUCCUUUAAAUGUCCAACCAAGGAAUAACUGGGGACACCGGCGUAUGCACACAUCGACAUACAAUAAACCAACGAGGACAGAGGGGAAGACGGACAAUAAACACAUGAGAAAAGAAGCAACAGGUGAGGCAGACGAGACACAGGUGAAACUCAUGGGCGAUUAACAAAGGAGGGAAAACUAGGGAACUAAAACACGAGGAAUCAACUACUACAAAAUAAAAUAGGAAACAGAAAACUGAUCUAAAGAAUAAAACACAGAGAACAGGCAGGAAACAGGGUCAAACACAAACUGAAAACUCUAGACUAGACAACAGGGGAACAGAAACACUGGGGAAAAAUACACAAAAUGCACUCAAAUAAAACCAGGAACAUAUCAUGACUCACAGUGAGUAAAAAUAAUGGCAACACAAUUAGAAAGUCUCCUCUGAGAGCUUCAGAGUCAGAGUUACAGAAAUGAAAUAUAACAGAGUGAAAUAAAAUACGCUUGAGGUAACCUCCACCUAAAGGAGCUGUUAUUUUUUUACAACAAUAGACAAAUGCUUGUUGAAAACUGCUGCAGGUCCCUCUGAAGGGCAAGAGGCAACAAAACGCUAAAACUGUCCCUGUGAGUCCGUUAAGUAAUGGAGACUAACACAAUCACAAUACAUGAAACUCACCUUUCCAGGGAGCACUGAAGAGGACUCCUGUGACACAAAACCAUCAAGCAAAUUACAAGAUCUCCUCACCUCUGAAUCAGCAAGAGUUAUUUACCCUGUUUAUAUCAACUUCUUAUAAUGUUUAAGGUUUACUGUCAAAAAGAUGUUUUAGAUUUUUGAAACUAAAGGACACAUCUGUGUAAAUUCUUGUCUUUAUAGUAACAAGAAUAAAACUUAAGUGAGAAUAUCCAAUCCUCCAAAAGUGCUCCCACGGACUGAGUGAAAGUACUUUCUCUUAAUGUUAUGAGAUAAAAGUCAUAUUAUGACAAAAUGAUAAAGUCAUCAUCGAGUCAUAAUAUUACCAGAAUAAAGUCAUAAUGUGGUGAUAAGGUCGUAGUUUUUGUUUGAGCAGCAGCUGCCUGGGCCAAAAUGAGGAAAGUGGAACGUCUGAUAAAAUUGUCCCUAAUGUUUUGUCACCUUGGCGCCACACUGUCAUAAGUAUCAGGGCUCUGAAAAGACUGAGAUGUGUGGUAUGUAGCCCUCUUCAAAACAGCAUUAUGUCGCUAACCACUGGGUCACUGGCCAACUCCCAAAUCGCAUACUUCCAUACUAAAUACUAAAUUGAGUAUACUAAACAUAGUAUGUACUCAACUGCGCAAUGUGCGAGUUUUGAGGGUGCAGUGCUGUCCCAAAUCACAAACUGCCAUGUGGCGCACUCACCGGAAAUUACAGAUAAAUGAAAACUAAAGAAAUAAUGACGUGAUAUGCUGUAGACAAAAACGUAUAACAUGCUCCCUCUGUAUCAGUGUGUCUCAUGAAUUUUUCAUGUGCCUUUCACAGUGUCAUUGUGUUACGUGGCCCUACAGCACGCUCUACACAGAUAUCUACCCUCGUUUUGAGAAUCCUGCUGCGUCUGCCUCGCCAACAUUGCUCCCAGUUCGGUGCUUUAAACUUUAAUGGUUAGGACGCCGGUCUACGGUGUCUCCUAUGAGGCCCGUGUGGCUCGAUGUUCCCCUCACGCAGGUGUCUUCUUUCCCCCUGUGUUUGAGGCUUGUACUGUAACCAGAGAGCCUGCAGCUGGUUGAGGGGGGCUGCUCAUUAAAGAACAACUAACUGUGCCACAACACCAACGACACCUGAGCGCCCAGACACUUCAUGUACAGUUGGACUUCCUGAAAAUCAAACAAAGUGUUUGAUUCUCUUCAAGAUGUAACUUAGGGCUGUGUGAUGUCUAAUUUAUACUAUUAGGAGUCAGAGAAGUUUCACACCUGUUGUUUCUUACUUGAAUUCAGUUUGGAAAAAUCAAACAACCUUUUACCAACCUUUAAAUGAAGUAACAGAUAAAGGAAAAAUGAAACAAAGGUCGAGAGUGAGCUGUUUUGAAUCUUUUUUAAUGAUUUUUUUGAGCGACAAUAGAUGUAAACAAACAGUUGUACAUUGUAAAAAAGAGCAAGUGUGAAAUGAGGUGUAAAGUUCCUAUAAUAACCCCUCUUCCCCCUCAUCCCCUACCCACCCCACCCCACCCCACAUUGGCCACAAUAUCACAAACACAAGAAAUUAGCAUACACAUACAAAUAAAGCAAAUUAAUAGAUGAGCGAUAAUAAAAUGUGUAUAUAUAAUAUACACAUAAACAUAUACACACACAUUCACAUAAAUAAAAAUAAAUAAAUGAAAUAAAAUAGAUAAUCAAUUAAAAAUAAAUGAAUAAAUAAAUGAAAAGGGAAUAUCUCAAGUAGCAGUACUGUCAUCUUCAGGUUUUAGGUCGAGGUUAUUUGCAUAUUCUACAAAAGCUGUUCAGGUUUUAAUUAAAAGUUGCAAGGGACUCGAGAGUGAGCUGUUUACAAAAAAAACUAAACAUGGUGCGAUCCUUGCAAAAAAUAACUUUUUUGGCACCAAGAUUAACAAGUAGUAAAAUGACAUAAAGCAAAGCAAAUAGUGACAAUAUCACAUUAUCAUUACAUUAUCAUAUAUAGAAUAUGCAUUAACAAGGUAUGAUCUAAACCAGUGGAAACCAAAACAGGACACAUAAAAUGAGUUUAUAACCCUCAAAAUAGAAAAUUAUUCAGACAAAAGUAAAAUAAAAACUCCUCUUUGAAAUGGAAGUGUAUUUUCAUUUUGUUUGGACUUUUUUAAAUACCAAGUCUUUUCAAUUUAAUUUAUUCUUACAAUUAUUGUUGAUUAAAAUACAUCAUUAAUAGAAGGAGAAUAGAAAAAUAGAAACACAAAUUAAUGAGAAUAAAUAAGAAAUUGAUGUGUAAAAGUGCUGAAAAUUAGAAAGGCAGCUAUCUACAAAGCGCAGAAUGUUAAAGAAGUAAGCUAUGUUGAAGUAUCAAGAGUGGGUCUGAACACCACCCAAUGAUAGACCUUUAUCUACCAUAAAUGAUGAGGGUUUCUAAAGCAGCACUUAAGUACUAAAACUUUUAUAUCGUAUUUUCUUACAGUGUGAAUAGAUGCUUUUAGCUUUCACUGCUCUGACCUUUUAUUCUUCUUGAUUAACACUGAACCAAAGUGGGUAGUGACGCAUGUGUGGACACCUGAGAUGCUGCCAUUAACAAACUGGGACGCACAAGUCGAAACACACAGAACAUGAAAAAGGAUGUUGCCGUUGUUUAUUUGUCAGGCUGUUGGUUUUGGAUGUCUUUGUCCUGUUUAUUUGUUUAUCUGAAAGCAGAUAUACUUGAAUGAGGGGCUGCUUCCCUAGUGUGCCAUGGUACUGAAUCAUCAAUCAGUAGUAGCCACACUCUGAAACACAUCAUACUAUUAUCAUACUGUGUUGGAAUAUGUUAAAACUCGAGAUGAGCAUAAGCGGUGAGCCAAUCAAUAACACACGACAUGUAGUUAUUUACUCAUUUACAUUUAGCUAUCACAUUUCUUAUCACGACUGGUGGAAUCGCCCCCUGCUGGCCAUGGUAGACAAUGCAGGUAAUAAUCACUUCAAACCCUAAAGCCUAUUCCAUGUCUUUCAUAGUCUCUUAGAACACAUGCACUAGUAAAGGAUGGUAAUGCCUGAUUUUAGUCUUUCAGUAAAUUUUUUGAUACAACUCGAUAACCUUUAAAUGGAGCUUAACUUUGUGACUGUGAGGGUUUAUUUUGUUCAAUUUCUACCUAAAGGAAGAGAGAUACUAAAUCAACCCUCCAUCAUUUUCCACCUUGCAGAUCUGUGUUGAACACUGCCAAGGUUUCAGGUGGGACAGAUUUCAUUGUUAGAGUGAAUUUUUCUUGCUCGUUCAUAAAAGGACCUGCCCUUUUUAUGAAUGGGUGGCUCUGAUGAUUUUUCUUCGAUUAAAAGCUUUAGAAAUCUUAAUGACUCAUAUAACAUUUUUCAUUUAGCCUUAUCUUCGCCUCCAAAUUGUUUAAAGGUACCAUGGAGCAUGAAAUUAUCUAAAAGACGGAGAAAAGAGAAACUCCUUGUCUCUCCUCACUGCGCCGAGACUUAGUAAGUCGUCUUUAUGACCAAACGCUUCAUGUGGUUUGUCCUCUUUCUCCCAGCCUCCUCUCCUGCAGUCACUGUCUGUAACUUACAGACUGUCAUCCUUUUGGUCACCUUGAAGCUCAAGAGAGCAGAACAGUGAACCUUUAAAGGGUCAUAUUUUACCCAACAAAUUCCCAUUAGCAGUUUGUCCAACUGUGGUCAUGAUUGGUCACUGGACCGCUGAGCAGGAGAAAAAGACCUCACAGCGGUCAGCGGCUUUACUAACAUAAGCUGAUAGGCAUCUUUAUUGACUCCUAUAAAACUCUUCUUUGUGUCUUUAUCUCUUUUUCUAGAAUCUUAGCUAAAACUUUCUUUUUGUCUCUUUUUUUAAUUAGAAUAUCUGUUAAAACUGUCAGAUCAGAUAAAAAAACAGUGUGGAACAGGUUGUUGACAGUGAUGCCUCUCUUUCAGGGAGUUUAGGGAUGUGUGCUGGGAUGAUCUGGGGUUGCAUUUUCCAUCCAGGUGGUAAAAUCUGACUUGCAGUACCAGAUGCCUUCAUGUCUCCUUGAACUUAAAGGGAUAUUCCGAUGUAAAAUUAAUUUAGGGUCAAACACACCGUGACACCGAGUUAGACCCCCCCCCACCCCCCCCCCCCCCCCUGAGAGAUGAAUGUUGCAGACCGCUUGCUUCUCCAGUUAUACCAACUUUAGUAACGACCACACGAUAGCAAUACACAGCGAUCUGAGGAGCCAUAAACAAACCUCAGUCACUUGUUUGUAGCGAGACCUCGGGCCAGUCCAUUACGGACUGCUGUGGGGUGACGCAGCUCAAGGGAGAACAUUUAUGCGUCACCCCGCUGCAGUCUGUAAUGGACUAGCCUGAGGUCUCAUUACAAACAAGCGGCUGCUGGAAGAGAGUAGGUGAGUUGUGUUUAGUCUCUUUGCUUAAGAAAUCAGGCAAAGCUAAAAAGAGGUUAGGUGGCUAGUGCUGUGGCGAGAACCUUAUAUGUACUGUUGAUGAAGUUAGGUGCUGUUCUGAGCAUUAUUUGUGGCUAUAGAGUGGCGUUUUGUUUCAUGUUUGUUUAUGGCUCCUCAGACCACUGUGUAUUGCUAUCCUACGGUGGUUACUAAAGUUGGUAUAACUAGAGAAGCAAGCGGUUGGGAACAUUCAUCUCUCAAGGGGGUGUCUAACUCUGUGUUAUGGUGUGUUUGACCCUACAUUAAUUUCACGCCGGAAUAUCCCUUUAAAUUGGCAGUGACAGUCAGUAAGUUUACAUUCACAGUUAAGUCAAGCUCAGUAAUACUAUUCUACCAGACUACUGUCUUUGCCCCAGUUUACAAGCACCAGGAAACCUGAAUUAUUUAUUAUUUAAAUCCCACAUUCCAUCGUGACAUGCAGUUCAACGUCUCUGUCAACCAUUGAUAUGUUGGCAAAAACAACCAAUUUUAAGCUUCAGGUCAUCCAUUGUAAAUACUCUUGUGUUUUUAGUUGCACAUUUUGUUUUGCUCAUAAUUAAUACACUCAUUUUCAAAGAUUUUUAUUUGUUAUUUUAGUGUGUGCAUGUGCCACCCUGGUGUAGAAACUCCACACGCACCUUAACUGUUCAGGUUCUUUUACUGUUGUGUAAAGGUGAUGCCCCAGUAUUGUUAAGAUGGGUGACACCUGGAACUGGCGACAUAAUCUGAAGCAGAGGUUUGUGCGUUUGCGAUCUGGCUGGUUGAGUCACAACAUUAACUCACCAAUAAAACAAUCAGGGUCCCUCAGGUCAGUGGAGUCCACAGCAUUAUAGUUUCUCGAGUCGUUUUAAAACAGAUACGCACAGUUAUGGAGGUUCCUCAUUAUUUAAUUUGAGUAAGUGUACUUAGCUCAGUUUCAGGGCGUCUUUCUCUUUGAUAUUUCCUCUUUGACUCGUGUCCCAAGAGCAGAAAACUGUCUAAAGGUUGUCUCUGUGUUUUUAAUCUUUUACAGUGUUUGGUUUUCCUCUCUGCUUCAGUUGCAUUGGGGGGAGAUUGGGGACUUUGGGAUAUUGAGUGUGUGCUGAGGUGUUUUAUGUGCUGGCAGCUGGUGCUAAGGUAAUGUGAAGUAAUGCAGUUGUCAGGCUCUAUUGUCUCUGCUGCUGGCCUCAUCUCCCACUUACAGCCCAUAAAAGCAGAGUCAUUUAAACGGCUAAUGAAGUGGAGAGUCUGGGCCGGUGGCAGAUAAAACCCUCAUAGAGGAAAAAAAUCAUCUUUCACAGCCCUGCUCUUAUUUCACUUUUCGAGGCAAAUUCAUUUUAAAAUCUGUGCCGUUGUGUGUUAUUCCCCUAAAACCAAUUCACAUUACUUUGAAUAAACUUAAAAUAAAAACCAAGACACAUGAAAUGAUAAAUGAAUAUGACUAAACCCUGCAAGCCAAGUCUGGGUCUGCAAAGCCAAGGUUCGGAUCACCGCUUAGGGCUCCGAUAACUACCUUUUCCCUCCAUGGUCUUUGUUUCCAAUCCAGAUUUCCAGCUCCAAAUUUUCUGAAUGAGUACUUAAAACGUCUUGUUUGAGAAACUAAAAGAACUUUGCCAGCAUGAAGUGUGUAAUUCUACACUUUAACUCAUUUUGUCUUGAGAAAACCAGUUGGAAAAGGUAAAUCAGAUACUUAACCACAAGUUUAAGUGGUAGGUUAUGGACAAAAUGAAAGACAUCAAACAAGUCUCAAAUGUGAAAACAUUUUCAACAUUUGUCAAAAACUCUUAUUGCACAGAGUGAACAGCAGCAGUUCUAAACCCCAAUCUUGAUGAAAUCCCUCAUGUUGAGCCUUGUUCAGUAACCAGCUGCUCAGAAAUGUCUCCUUUUCCACCUUCGGCCAUGCUUGUCUAUUAUUCUGGGCUAUGGCUGCGAGUCCACUGCUCGUGCUUACAUCAUCAACUUGCAUGAGAUGGCAAAUAUUUAUCAUAGAGGAUUUUUCUGACCAUAUCUCAUGAAUGAUAACUUAUCGCCCAUCCCUAAUUGGGAGCCACUUGAGGGGGGCUGAAGUUUUCCUUUUGGUGAUUAGUCUGGCUGAUGCAUUCUUGGCUAACUGUGAUUUAUUCAGGUUUUCUGUGACAGACAGGAAUUAGAGUAGUAGAAGAAGAUGACGGUAUGUAUGACUGUGUCAGAGUGUUUUAUUGGGAAACAAAUGAAAGUCUCCUGAGGUGGUAAAAACAUGACUGAACUGCUGAAAUGACAUGCUUCUCCAGAUUGAGGUUGCCAUCAAAAAUUACUUCAAGAACUUGGUACACUGUCUGUGCUGCUGUUUUAGUUGAUACACAGUUUAACUCUGUCGCUAUAAGGAAUCUAUCCAGAUUGAUUUUUAUUACUCACACCUAUAAUUUUUUUAUACAAAAAAAUGUUAAAAAAUCUGUUUAAUAGAAAAGAGAUAUUCCAGGAUUAUAUCAAAUCUCUUUAUUUUCAAACACAAAAGAAAAAAAAAACAUCCAAAUAAAAUAUUUAAAAAAUCACCUGCAGUAAAUUUUUUUAAGUAAAAAAUCAUUAAUGACGUUAUGUUCCUCCUCUACUGCUUCCUCUACCUCUCUUUAACUGUUUUCCUUUGAUUAUUUGGCUGAUGUUUUUUACCCCGCUCCCCUCAGGACAGAUAGAUACAGUAGAUUGAAAAAAAAAAGAAAAAAGAGUGUGCUUAAUUUGCUGCCUCAGUACAGCAGGUUUGGUCCUGGUGGAGCGAUUAAACAGACAGUAAACGAUGCUCAGUGAUAAAGUUCACGAUCAGACAUCUGUGAUCAGCCAGCUGGGUCUGCUCAGUGUGUGUGUGUGUGUAUGUGUGUGUAUGAGUGUGUGUGUGUGUGUGUGUGUGUGUGUGUGUGUGUGUGUGUGUGUGUGUGUGUGUGUGUGUGUGUGUGUGUGUGUGUGUGUGUGUGUGUGUGUGGUAUUGGGAAAUUACUGCGAUUAACAAUUAAAGUUACAUGGAGGAACAUGAGAGUGCGUGUGCCUCAUUUUUUCAGAAAGAAAUUAAGAAUUGUUUGAUUAGUGAUCAGGUUCUUGGACACGAAUUACAAGAGUGUGUGAUUGAGUAUGAGAUAGGCAACAGUGUGUGUGUGAGAUUGGGAGAAUGAGAUUGACCUUGCUGGCACAAAAGGCCAUCCCCUGUCUCCCGUACUUUGCCUCUUUGCCUAUAAAUUACCUACAAAGCACCUCUGUGUUGGCAGAGUGAGAAGCCGUCCAUUUUCUUUAUAGUCCUGCAGCCCGGAGACGAGGUGACCAAUCAGGACACACAUGCAGAACGCUGAGUUCACAUGAACCAGUGUGUAAGUGUGUGAGGACGUCUAAACUUUGAUUUAUCAAAUUAAACCAAAUUCAACACUUCCAGAUCAGAGUCACAACAUACUGGAUAUGAUUUGACUGUCGGGGAUUUUAUCACAUCUUCAAAUCAAUUAAGUUUUACAUUUAAAUAUCACAAAGACAAUUAGGAUCUGAGAGUUGUUGACUAACCCUGUUUUUCUUUUUUGUCCUCAGCUCACGGCGGCGAUCAUAUUCAUUAGCAUUGGCGUGAUUGCUUCGUUCUUCUGCGCCAUAGUGGACGGGAUCAUCGCCUCAGAAUUCAUUGUAAGUAUUACAUGUCUACAUGACUGAAAUACAGGUCAGGACCAGAACAGACACUCUACUCUGAUCAGGAAUGUAAUCAGACAGAACUGCCCAGGUCCAGACUGAUCUGUCUCAUAACCUGACCUGCAGGAUCAGAAGAAACUUGCAACACAACAGGGCUGAUUGAACGCAUCCGAAAGAUCAGGAUGAGUAGACUUUUGAAAAAAUAACAUUUAAUAGUCUAUAUGAAAUGAAAAAUAAUCAUAAUUACAUGGUUGAGCGAAAACAGAUUUAUUUAAAAGGAACUAAAACAACAAAAACUUUGUUAUAAUGUCCAACUCAAAAAUCCCAAGAAACACGGGAGGCAAAAUCCCAAUGAACCAAAAAUCCAAAAUCCGAGAAAAGACAAAGGCACUGGGGGAAAAAAACCACAAGAAGACACACAGCGGCAUCAACAUACAUAUCACAUAUACAUUUACACACAUUCACAGUGAACCAACAGAGAAACAAGGGAAGACAAGGACUACAUACACACAAGGAAACGAUCAACGAGAGGCAGGUGAGACACUGAGACACAGGUGCAGACAAUUACAGAGGAGGGAAAACUGAGGAAGUAAAACAAGACUAGAAACACAGGGAAUAACUACUAUAAAAUAAAACAGGAAACACUAGAAACUAGUGAUAGAAUAAAACACUGAGAACAUGAGGGAACCGGGGUCAGACACGAACUGAAAACUCACAAGACAGGACUACAGGGGAACGGGAACAACAGGGCACAGAAACACUAGGAAAAAUACUCUCAAAUCACAGGAAAAAGCUCAAUAAACAGAACAUAUCGUGAUGGAAUAGACUUUAAAAUAAUGAUAUUUAAUAGUCUAUUUGAAAUGAAAACUAAUCAUCAUUCUAUGGUGUGAAUCUGGCAGAGUAGAGCCUAAACCCGUCAGAUUUGAAACCACAAGGUACCGGUGAAGCUCUCCAUGACUCGGAUUUAGACAGGCAUGGUUUCAUUCACUACACAUCCAAGAUACCAAUCCAAUCACUUGCGGGAUGGUGUUACGAAGAAACAAAAAGGGGAGAUGCAACCGAAGCUUCACUUUCACCUAAACCUUCUUCAGCUCAUGUUUUGGAAUAAUCAAACAGCAGUGUCGAAUGAUCAGCUGGAAGAUCACGAUGUCAAGCUCUAUCUCAUGGUUUCUGUUACAUUUCUUACAUUAAUGAGAGUGACAAGAUGAUCCGGCUGUCUUAAAGCUACAGUAGGCAACAUUAUUUCUCUAGAAUUUUGAACAAUGUUCGUCACGAUAAAAAAAAACAUUAAAUUUAAUUAUUCCUUGCUUUGAUGCGUAUCUAAUUUGCGACUAUCAAGAAAAAUUUCGAGUCAGUUCAUUCAUUCAUACAGUAGUAUUGGAUCGGUAUCGGAUAUCGACAGGUACGCUCAGCCCAGGUAUCGGUAUUGGAUCGGUGCAUCUCUAGCCCACACCAGCUGCUUUGUUUGCACAGGAACAGACAGAAAAGUCCGAUCACACAGGGUGGUGUUGUUUCUCUGCUUGGAUACACGAACACUUCGCUCUGUCACAUCAGCCUCAUGAAUUUUAAAUGGCGUCUUAAUGAGUGCGGGCCAGAGAGUGUUUAAAAAGCUGGACCUCUCAGCACCUGGCACGGACUCACUGAUAUUGAUCAUUGGUGCCGUCAGAGCCUCUGCGGAUAUUUUCAUUUUGUGCACACAGGACAGUAAAAGUCAUAUUUAUUGCACCUUCAUGCUUUGCACAAUUACAUUACAUUAAGUCCAGUGUGGUUCACUGGGGCAGGUUUUAUUGUGCAGUGCAGUGGAGGGUUAAGAUCAAGCCAGAGCAUAAAAUAGUGGGUGAAGAGAACCACACAAGCUAGGAAUAAAUAUUAUACUCAAUUAAAUAAAAACAGUGAGAUUACAGUUGUUGUGUAUAACAAGAGGAUUAAAAUCUACAUUAGCGAUCACAGCCUCCUGUCUGUUUGUCUUCUGUUUCUGACACUGAAAGGACACAAGGCUCCUGCUGGAGGACAUGUGUGACUUCUACACCAGUGGAUCAGGAUACGCCUUUGACAGCUACUACACUGAGGUGAAGCAUUCAUACAAGUGCUAUAGAUCACUAAACUUCAACCUCUAUCACUCAUUAUGAUUUGUACUAUUUGUGUGUUGCAAAGGAGUGUUUUUAUGCAGAUAACAACCCCUGCCAUGGCGUGUGAUUUUACGACUUACAAACUGAAUCUUUUUUGAUUGUUUUGAUUGAGAGAGAGUUUGAGUUUCAGGGAAAUUCACUGCCUUUAACUCAAAUCCUGCUGUUGUCAGGAAGUUGAACCUCCCAAGAAGUUUUCUUACACAGUUUGUAGACUUAUCAAAGAGCGGUUUCCAUUUGAACACAUCUCACCUUUUCUUAUAAUAUCUCUUCCCUACCUCCUGCUUCACAUUUGUGCCUCUGUAGUUGUCUUUUGAUGUGUUAAGUGCAUUUUUAACAGGUUGUAGUAUGUUGUUGCUGCUCAAUUAUGAAGAGCAUAGUGACAUCUAGUGGUCAAAUAAUGACACUGCAUUUGAAGCUCAAAGGUACUCAUUUGUUAAAAAAAAUCAAAAUAUAAUCAAAUUGAAGUUCUGAAGCUGUUUUGUGGAAAUGCAGACUUGUAUCUUUGUCUACGCUGUUUGUUAAGCUCCCAUAUAUCAUGAGGAGAUUUAAAUGAUAAUUAAAUUAAAGAUAAAAUAUAGUCUAUACCUGUUUUAUAUGUCUGAUAAUGUUGGCAUGAUUAGGAGCAAUCUGAAAAAACAGUAAUUGAUGGAUGGAAGGUCUGAAAAUCUCUGAUAUAACAGGUGACGUGCCGUGCAUCUGAGAAAGCCUGCAAGCUGAAACUGAGAAGCAACACCUGCUACUGCUGUUACCUGUUCAACUGCCAAAGGUGAGGUCUAAUCAAAAAUUAACCGAGAGCAUAUUUGUGUCAGCCUUUAUGAGUCCUGACCAGCUGCUCUGUCCCUACUCUUCUCCAGCACCGAGCACCACACAAAGUACUACGAGUUCACCGGGGUCAAUGGCUGCUGGGAUGUGAUCCACCUGCACCGCCUGCUCUGGGCCUCAGUGGUGCUCAAUGUGGUCGGCUUGUUCCUGGGCAUCAUCACUGCAGCCAUACUCGGAGCGUACAAAGACAUGGUGAGACUCUUAGAAGGAGAAUAUUUGGAGUUAGGGUUAGUUUUUGGAAGAAAUGUUCAAACAACACUGUCCAUUUGAUUGUUCCAUGAAUCAGAACUGAACUGGGCAAAAAAGCGUUCAGUUUUGCUGCCACUUCAGCACUGAAUACUCUCCAGACUGACCUGAAAUUGUCGGGAUUAAUUUCUCUGGAAGCAUUUCGUUCAAUCUUACAUGACAGACUUUCGGAGACCAUGGGACAGUGCCUGUGUUUUUUAGUUACGUUUCUAAAGGUCAUUUACUUCUUAUUUAUUAUUGUGGUGUGUGCUGCCGACCUCUUGGCCAGGUCACCCUUGUAAAUGAGAUCUCAAUUUCAACAGGUUCCUACCUGGUUAAAUAAAGGUUAAAUAAAUAAAAAAAACUAGGAUGUUAUGAGUAAUUGUUAAGACUCAUAUCAACUCAACUUUAUUCGUACAGCACUUUAAAACAACCAAAGCUGAACAAAGUGCUGUACAUAAAUAGACAAAACAACACAGACAUUAAAAAAAACAAUCAAAAAAACAAUUAAAACAAUGGACAAAAUAAAAGCAGUUAUUAAAAAGUAAAAUAUAGUUUCAAUGUUUUUAAAAACUAAUUUAAAAACAUAGAAACAAAUAACUAAAAACAAACCAUAAAACACUAAAACAGGAGCCGAGUCUCAUGCAGGGUUGAAAGCCAAUGAAUAAAAAUGGGUUUUAAGACGAGUAUUAAAAAUGUGUUUUAAAACAAAUUUUAAGAAAGGAAGCCCCAAGACUUUGUGAUGUGCUAAACUUGAAAACAAACCUUUAACAGGGUAAAACAGAUUGAUUUUAAUCCAGUUAACUGCUACAAACCGUCUGUUUAAAGGAGAAAGUAUGGAAGUUUCACUUAAAUGCAAUACUUCUGGAGUUAUUGGCGUACUUUGAAUAUAAGUUAUCUACUCAAAGACAUAAAAAUCUCUGAUCUAACUCUGUUACUCUUAAUGAUCCAAAUUCUACGACUUUUGUCUCUACAGCACAUUAGGCGGCGAUCACACACCAUUACCUCUGAUAUAAUGAAGAGUGUGUUUCGUGUGAAACUGUUGCACUCUCUCACAUUUUCCUUUCAGCUUCUCUCCAUGUUCUGCCGUCUAUAUCAGCAGCAUGUUUUGUCUUCUUCUCUCAGCAGAAGCCAACUCCUCCUAUGGCUCCAAGUCCCACACCGUCACCACACAUCCUGUACAACCCGACCCAGCACAUGUUCACCUACAAUGGCUACUGUCCUUCAGGACAAGCUCUGCCCGCCUACCCCAACUAUCCGAUGCCCAUGCAGGUGAAAAGCCCUAAAACUAAUGAGAGGACAAAGUCUUUUGCACUUUGGAGUACUGUUCAUGCUGGUUGUCAUGAUUUAGAGGGUCCUAUUAGUAACACCUGUACCUCUCCAAAAGGCCUGACAUGAAAAAGUUUCAUUCUUACCCUCAUUGUAUCAGGAUGGCAACCAGAUGAGCAGCAGAGAUGAAAUAUCUUUACAGCAGCUGCACAGCUGUUUCACUCUCACUUCAAAGCACCUGAACAUGCGAAAAGUUAUCUGCCCUGCUGCUUCAUCAAAUUUGCUGCUGACGCCUGCAGAAGUUGACCCAAACUGUCUCUUAUGAAUCAUCUUACUCCUUAAAUUCCUGCCAAAAAGUUAAACACAACACUUGCAUAUCUCUUGAGUAUAAGGCUUUUUAAAAAUGUUUUGUUUAUCAUGGGUUUCUCAGAUAUUCGUUGAUAUUUCUGUGGCUGCACCCUCGCAUUUAAAUGAUGACUCUAGAUAUCUGUCUGUACUUUCACUUACCUCUGAAAUCUACAACUCCCUAUUUCUUCAUCUCCAGCACAACGGCAGCUAUCAGCAACCCACCACUCCCCAGAUGAUCUCUAACGGAGGCCAGGCUUCUAACUCGGGCCUGUCUGACGAGAACCAAAGCCAUCAGCCCUCUAACGCCUCUACCCAGCCGCAGCCUCAGGGAGCCACCCAGGAACCAGGAGGUUACAUGCUGACACCCAACGCCCCUGUUCUCUAUGGUUCAUCCUUCAGCCCCUUUGAGAAACCUCCACCGUACGCCUGCUGAACUCUAAGACAAACUCUGAGAGGAAAUGUUGGAGAAAAAAUUCAUCCUGUUUGGUUAGACCGGACGUAGCACAAGACAUUUCAGCGGUGACCAUGUAGACAGAAAACCCUGUUUGAGCUUCACGACUGCUCUGUACUGAUGUUUCAUUUGGUUACACUAAGGAGAGAAAAUUUACGAAUGUGUGGUGUGUUUGGACGUGGCAAAGUCAUAAAGUGUUAAAAAGAACAGAUUGGGAAGUUAGGGACUUUUUUGUCUGACUUGGCUUGGAAACAAAUGACACCAAAAAGCGUCUCUAAACCUCUCAAAUCAAUAUUUUCCGUUAAUCUGUUCAGCUAAAAACUACAAUUACAAAUAUUACAGAUUGUGGCUUAUAUGCAGGAGAACUCUUGAUGGCUGUAACCAGGUCAUCCUGAAGUAGCUGUUGACUUUGACUUGAGCAAAAAAGAAAAUAGACUUGUUUCCUUCAAGCUGUUCUAAAGAUACAUAUCACACAUGUAUGUAGUCGUAAACGUGAUCUGAUUGUCGUCUGUUUAACUUGUGUAGAUUGGAUUUAAAGGUCUACCUGAGUAUUUUCUCACAAUACAAACUAAUGUUGGAGUAAUUAAAAGGGCUGGAGCAUAAAGGACGCUGAUGUUGCUGUUAAUUUUAUGUUCCCGUGAAUCAUUUAAUGUGCACUUUAAAGUCGAUAAAACUGUAUAUAUUAUUGAUGACGCAUGUUUACUGCUGUGGGAUGCAGUUCUGUAGCUGCUGCCAUUAAAUACAUGAUGUAUUCAAGGCACCUGUAACAAAAGCAUUCAUUCACUGAUGUAUACAAGUGUUAGUAAGGGCUUCACCAGAGUGUCAGAUUUAAAGGGAAAGUUUGAUAUUUUAGAGGAUAUCUAUAUGCUUAUUUUCAGAGUUUAAUCACACGUCAUUAGCUUAGGUAUGAGCUAUUCAAUCGACACCUUCUCUCACAUAAUUAAUGCACUAACUGCAACCUCUCACAAAAAAUGUCCAACCUUUCUUAAAGGUUGUGUAUUUCCUUUCCUUCACUACUUGACCUGUUAUGUGUUUUCACUUAUAUGUCAUAAAAAGUCUUCCUUUGCAAAUAAAAG